CUUAAAUCAAACAAAUUAAAGCAUAACUUCUUAAUUUCUUGAAACCACAUCCCUCUCAUUUGACUUAAAAAAAUUCCUGGUGAGGUCUUUUGAUUUUUCAUUUCUAUUUCCACCGCACAAAUUAAACCCUUCUUUAACAAGCAAGCUGGUUAUCUUUAUCUUUUCCUUCGUUUAGCUAGUAGAAAUGCUUUCAUUUUAUGUAUUUAUUUCAGACUUAUCUCUUAUUUAAAAGAUUUUUUUUGACAAGCAGUGUAUCCCUUCUUUUCAUCUUUGGUAUAUAUAGUUCAACUUCACUCUCACUCUUCUCCUUGAAGAUAUUUUAGAUCUGGUCUUAUGAAAGUGUAGCUGCAAGGCCACCAGCUACAAGCUUAUCAUACAAAAAUACAUAUACAAGAAAAAUCUUAGCUUUCAUUAAUUAAGCAAGGUGGAUCGAAGACAUGGGAAGAGGCCUCUCCCUCCUGAUCAAGCAUCGGGGGAUAAAAGGGAAGAUUUAUACUUUCCUGUUCAACCAUCGCCAUCCAAAAGCCAAGGAGAAGAAGCUUCACUAUGGCCCUUUAUGAAUCAAAUCAAUAGUAGUAAUAGUCAUGGGGGAUUAAGCACUUCUAGCUUGAUUGAGAUGCAAGACGACCCAUCCCAGAAGCCCUUACAAAAAGGUAACACUAAUGAGAGAAAAAGACACUAUAGAGGCGUUAGACAGAGACCAUGGGGCAAAUGGGCAGCCGAAAUCCGUGACCCUAAAAAAGCAGCUAGAGUGUGGCUUGGCACGUUUGACACGGCAGAGGCUGCAGCUGCAGCGUACGAUGCUGCUGCCUUGAAAUUCAAAGGGACCAAAGCCAAACUCAACUUUCCAGAACGCGUUAAUAAUAAUAACAACAACCACCACCAUGUUGCUUCUUCAGCUUCUACACCACCACUACCACUAGUUUAUCAACAUACACCUCCAUUGUUACCACCAUCAGAAGGAGAAGAAGGUGGAGAAGGAUUCCCGAAUCUAAUGCAAUACGCUCAGCUUCUAUGGAGUAGGGGUGAUGAUGAUGUACAACAUGCUGCUUCAUCGUUGUUCUCAACAUCAUCGGCAAUGCCAACUCCUACAAAUCAUGAUCAGCAACAGCAUGUUGGAGAUAGAAAUCUUAACCCGGGUGCUCAUCAACAGGGAGAUUAUGAUCAUUGUGGUUCUAGUGGUAAUUCUUCAUUUUUCAAAGGGUUUCCAUCAUGAGAUGAUUUUUCCAUCUUAUAGUUAACAGUGCAUGUGCAGUCUGGGCCUGGCUGCUGGGUUAGAGGGUAAGCAUAUAUGCAUGCCGUGUGCUGUUAAUAAAGACUAGUUUUGCAGUCUUUCAUUAUUAUGAUUCAAAUAAUGCUUCUUGGUUAUUGCUUGCACAACUGGUAAGGUAAACACACAUUUCUUCACGUGUCAGAGGUGGCAGUGUCGGAAUGCAGUUAGUGAUCAUCUUUUUUGACAGCAAUGUUAAUUAGAUAUAUAAGGAUGGGGGUGAUUCAUUCAUAGUCUAUUUCUUUUUAAUUUAGCUCAAAUGUUCUACUA